AUGUCGGACAUCAUCUUAAGAAUCGGCUUUUUAGGAGCUGGAUGUAUUAAUUUCGGUCGAUGGAACGUUUCCUGGGACCAUGCGUCACGUCUUGAACGUCUUGGUGGUUUCAAAGUUAUAGGCAUUGUGGACCCCGACACAGUGAAAGCGAAGCAGGUAUUACAGACACGGUUGGCGUCACAAAAUGGCAGCUUCUACACGGAAUGUCGAAUAAUGGCUGACCUCGCCGAAUUAAUUGCACAACGUCCAGACGCUGUUUUUAUAGGUGUGCCACCCGUAGCUCGGGGUAGCCUUCAGUAUAAUAAGGAUCUUGAACUGCAGUGUGUACGGGCAGGCAUCCACGUAUUUGUAGAGAAGCCCAUGUCAGUUCUGCCGCUUGACGACUUCCGGCUGUAUGCUGCAGCUAUGCAGAAAGCAGUAGAGGAAUCCAAUGUGGUUCUCUCUGUAGGAUAUAUGUUCAGAUAUCAUGCAGCAGUUAGGAAAAUGAAAGAACUGAUGAAAGAACACGGAGGAAAGGUCAUGGCAUUUAAUGCACGAUAUUACUACGCAUACACUGAAAUGACCAAUAAAUAUUGGUAUAACGCUGACCUGAGUGGUGGUCCGGUGAUUGAGCAAGCCACUCAUUUCUUUGAUCUGGCCAGGUACAUUGUGGGAGACGUUGAUUUAUCAUCCAUACACACACUCAUGCUUGAAGAAGACGACCGCAGUGGCGCGGGCCACAUCGGACAUGUUCCGCUGGGUGCAGAGGAAGAUAUUCCACCACGCAAAAGAAUCCCACGGGUCACCAUCAGUCACUGGAGAUUUGAAAAUGCAGGGGUUGGAACUAUGAUGCAUUCGAUUGCGUUGCCUGGUACAAGAUACGAGGCAAAUAUUGACGUUCAGCUGGAUGGAUUGAAAUUGUCCCUAAUAGAACCAUAUCAGGAAAGUUGUAUUCUACGCAUGCGUUCAAUGGAGAACGGGAAACGUGACGUGGACAAAGAUUUUACAUUUGAAGGGAGUGACUCCUACAGUACGGAGCUGGAGACGUUUUUGCAGGCCGUCAGAAAGAAUGAUCAGUCACUGAUAAAAAGCUCUUACGCGGACGCCGCAAAAACAUAUGAACUUACUUGGGCAGUACGACUCAAUGGAGAACGGAAUUUCAGGACCUAG